AUCUAGCACUGAGAGCUCGUUCUGUCCCAGAUAUAACACAGACAUCCUUCAGUCAGUCAAAGAGAGAGGCACACACACACACACACACACACACACACACACACACACAAAGUCAGACAGAGAGGCAGACAGCCGGGGAGGCAGACAGGGAAAAAAGGAAAAGAGGCAGAGACGCAAGGACAAACGCAAACAGAGACAUCAAGACGGAGGAAAAUGAGGCGACAGAGAGAGGUGGGGAGACUGCCGAAGCAAAGACAGAGAUGAGGAGGGAGAGAGGUUGAGCGGGAAUGAUGAAGACGUAGUUGCACCAUCUGCUGCCAGAGAGAGAGAGAGAGAAACAUGUUAACCAUUCAACAGAAAGAAGCAGAGAGGCAGACCGCAGAUCUGCAGCGAGAUACACACAACCCCUCCUGAAUGUGGAACACACACCUCCUCCCAGAUCUGAGCCUCCCUCUUUCACUCAGUCAGACCGAGGAGUCGCCAGUAGGAAGGCAGGAGAGAUUCAAGGAGGAGACACAGUGACAUCAUCAGUGUCUGGCGGGAGGAGAUUUUUGAGAACCCUGACUGGACUUUUCUUCGAUGUGAGAAAGAAAACAAGAGAUUUGAUCCUCUUCCUCGUCACGUUUGAGCGGCCUAAUAUUUUUCUGAAUAAAUCCACUCAGUUGUGACGGCUCUCAUGACACUGACAUGUGAUAAUAACGAGCAGCGUCCCCGUCUGCAGGAGGAGCAGCCACACUGGUCUCUUUUUGGAAAAUACUCACACUGGGAAACACAUUGAAAACAGGUACUGUUUUGUUUUUCCACAAAACUCGAGAUAUUCCCUAAAAUCAAUAAAUCAAUAAAGAAAAUCGGUGCUGGACCGUUCAUGAUGCACACUCCAGCCUCCAUGGUGAUGGGGAUCGUAUUCUCCCCUCUGGGACUUGUUCUUGUCUUCACCGCUGCCAUCACCCCCCAGUGGAGAGAGGGACAAGCGCGUCUGGGAAUGACGGGGCCGGGGUCACUUCUUCGAACUGGUGUCAAAGGUCAAGGGACGGGGGUCAAGUCAGUGGAGGCCCUGCUCUUGCGGCGCUCUGAUGGACUGUGGGAGAGCUGCCUGCAGGUGGAGCACUCUGAGCUGAAGCAGUGCUGGCCUGUGGCGGGUCCGUACCAGAGGGACCCCCGGGUUCGCCUGGCGCAAGGUCUGAUCCUGACCUCCUUGUUCCUGUGCGGCACUGGUAUUGUCCUGGCCUGCAUCGGGGUCCGGUGCUGGACAGAUCUGCCUCUGAGGGGCAUCGCAGCCACAGGUGGGCUCCUGGUGGUGAUGGCCGGCCUGCUGAGCCUGACUGCCCUCGGGGUGUACACACACAACCUCGGAAGGCUGGGGCUGACGGCUCCGGGCCCAGGGCUCAACCACCACAGGUUGCCCCACCUCAGCCUGCGUCCAGCCGGCUCGCUGUACUUUGGGUGGCUGGGGUCGUGUUUGCAGGUGCUGGGGGGCAGCGCUCUGCUGUUCGGCUUCAAACAACCAAGAUGUCCGACCUGCCCGUCUUGCCCGGAGGUGCCCGUCUGCCCCGCGUGCCGCUCAUUUCCAGACAUCACCAACAAGGGAGACACAGAUGUAUAUGAAGUCACCUGUUAGAGUUCCAGACUUCACGGUGCACAUAUUUGGACGUGUGGCCACUUCUUAAAGUCACUUCAUUAGCUGGUUUCAUCUGCCACUCAAGGAAAUGAGUCAAAUAAACUGUGAACCACAGAAUAUUAUCGCUUCCUGAUCGCUGGACUCUUUACGUCAGGUAUGGACUUGAUUGAUGUAAUUACUUCUCGACGUGGGCGGAGACUUUAAUUUGUGGGUGCAAACUCUAGAGCGAUGACUCACGAGGAUUGUUAUUGAUUCAUUUAGAACAUUGUGAGCUCAACUUCCUGCUGCCUUUAACUGCGACAUGUAGUGAAACAUGGGGGACAUCUCUGUGCUGCCUUUCACGCUGUAGCCAUGCCUUUGCACUGUUAGAGAGAAACACGACCCCGUUUGUAUCCGACACGGGACAUGAGGAAAUUCAUACAUUAGGGUUAGGGCUUCAAAUAGAGGUGGAUGGAAGAGCUAUUUUCACAUUUCAUUAGACACGUGUGGCAUUAAUAAAACUGAAUUUCAUUUGUAAUUUGUCAUUUUAAGUUAUUUUGUUAAUGGAAAUUUGUGCUUAAAAGGAUGUGAAAUCAGCUUUUUGAUGUUUUCUGAUUCAGUCACUGUAAUCUAACGAAAGUGAAAACUGUUAGAUGCUAAUUUGUUUGCCGUCCGUCAGGGUGAAUCCUCGUAUGAUACCUUCGCUGAGGAGCCUUCAUCCAACUCAUGUGACGUUUCUAACUGUGAGAAAAAGCGUUUGAAGUGGACGAC